CGUUCCCGUUGGCCCCGCGGGCGCAGCGCAGGCAGCGGGAGCGGGGCGGCCGCCGGCAGACAUCUUGCGGCCGGGACCGCGCCAUGUGAUCCUGUAGCUCUAAAUGUAAUCAUCUCUUUGCUGAGUGCAGUUAAUACACCAAGAGCGUUGUUCCAGACCCAAUACAGCCAAAAUGUCCAGCAGGGGUGGGAAGAAGAAGUCAACCAAGACUUCGCGCUCUGCAAAGGCUGGGGUCAUAUUCCCUGUUGGAAGAAUGCUGCGUUACAUUAAGAAAGGCCACCCGAAGUACAGAAUUGGUGUAGGUGCUCCAGUGUACAUGGCUGCUGUACUGGAAUAUCUGACUGCGGAAAUUCUGGAAUUGGCUGGAAAUGCAGCAAGGGACAACAAGAAGGGUCGAGUCACUCCUAGACACAUCCUGUUGGCUGUAGCAAAUGAUGAAGAAUUAAAUCAGCUAUUGAAAGGGGUCACCAUAGCCAGUGGUGGAGUGUUACCCAAUAUUCACCCAGAGCUGUUGGCAAAGAAGCGGGGGUCAAAAGGAAAACUGGAAGCCAUCAUCACUCCACCUCCAGCAAAGAAGGCAAAGUCUCCAUCACAGAAAAAAACUGUAUCAAAGAAAACAGGCGGCAAGAAAGGGGCAAGGAAAUCCAAGAAGAAGCAGGGAGAAGUGAGCAAAUCAGCCAGUGCUGACAGUACAACAGAGGGAACUCCUGCAGAUGGUUUCACAGUCCUGUCCACAAAAAGUCUGUUUCUUGGCCAGAAGCUGAACCUUAUUCACAGUGAAAUCAGUAAUUUAGCCGGCUUCGAGGUGGAGGCCAUUAUCAAUCCCACCAAUGCUGACAUUGACCUUAAAGAUGACCUAGGGAGCACUUUGGAAAAGAAAGGCGGCAAGGAGUUUGUGGAAGCUGUCAUUGAGCUUCGGAAAAAGAACGGGCCCUUGGACAUAGCUGGAGCUGUUGUCAGUGCUGGCCACGGAUUGCCUGCAAAAUUUGUGAUCCACUGUAAUAGCCCAGGCUGGGGCUCAGACAAAUGCGAGGAGCUGCUGGAAAAGACAGUGAAGAACUGCUUGGCUCUGGCUGAUGAAAAGAAGCUGAAAUCAAUUGCGUUUCCUUCAAUUGGCAGUGGCAGAAAUGGUUUCCCAAAGCAAACGGCUGCCCAGCUGAUCCUGAAAGCCAUCUCCAGCUAUUUUGUGUCAACAAUGUCCUCUUCAAUCAAGACGGUGUACUUCGUGCUCUUCGACAGUGAGAGUAUAGGGAUAUACGUGCAGGAAAUGGCCAAACUAGAUGCCAACUGAGCAUAGGAAGCUAUAGUACCAGCUCCCUUCUACCCAUCUUCUUCCCAAAAUCCUUAACUCAUUGUGAAGCAGAGCAUCCCUUAUUUUAAAUUUUGCUCAUCUAGGGAAAUAAAGGUGGUUUUAUGGAUUCGUUUUAGUUUUAUUUUGUUUUUUGUUUUUUUUUUUUUUACUUUCCAAAAUGUUUUAUGUUGGCACUGAUAGUUGGCAUUACUGCUGUUAAUGCACUGUAUACCAGGCAUCGUCUGAACUUAGUGUAAUCUAGGAGAUUUUAUAGUUUUAUUUUAAUGAAGUAUGGUUGAAGCAGAAAGCUGUUAGGAAUAUGUAGUCUUUUACUUGUGAAAGAAACAGGCCGACCCUCUUUUGUAACUGUGUUGUGGUGCUUUAUCAAUACAUUGAGUGGCGUUCCUUUCAUUUUUUAAAAGAACAGAUGCUAUAAACUUAAUUUGUGUUUGUUUAUUGUCUUAAUGAUAAAUCUGGAAGAAAAGAUACAGAAACCCUGUUGUUCUUAAUUAUAUUUACAAUUUUGAAAUUGUGUGAAUUUAGUAAAAUGUUUGAACUGUUGCUGUUGGUGUACUCGAAUUAAUUUUUCUCUUAAACAUCUUUAUUUUAUGAAUUCUGAAAAGGUAGCUGUGAGAAGGAUGAUGAAACACCAGAUCUGAACUGGCAGCCUGGAAACUGGUUUGGAGAGGCUGGGCAUCUUACGUGUACUGGCUGGAUGACUUCCUGCUUGGUGACAUUCACACCUGAACUUUCUGCAGUGAGCAUUCAGACCUUCCUGUUGGUGCUUCAGAUCCUCCUGUUCAGAAUCUGACUUAAUGGGCUCUUUAUUUUGAGAGGUCCCAGCCUUUUAUAUCAAGUAAGGCCUAGGUUGUUUUUUUUUUGAACUAGUUCCAAUCAUUGAAUAUUGGCUUGUUUGAAGCUAUUUUGUAUUUUUUCCAAAUCUUUAUGAGCCCAGUUUGUACUGGUUGCCAUAUAGUUUGCACAGCUGAAAUCCAUACCAACAUAAACCUUACGGAAGCCACUUGGUUUUGUACUUUGAGAAAGAAGAGGUUACAUGUUCAAAAGCUAUUGCAUAUGAAUGCUCUCUCUGAAGAGGAAGCUCUUCCUUUGAAGUCUUUAGCCUACUUUCUAUGUAGUAGGCAUACGUUUUCGAUUUCUACGGAAAACUUCAUUUGCUGAUGAAGGAAUGCUUCACAUCCAUCCUGGGGUGAUCCAGAGCAACAAGUGGAUGAAAUUUGACUGACUGUUAGCAGUAAGCUCAGGACUCCAUAUAUGUAUCCUCAAUAUCAAAUAUUAAAAACAUGUAGUUUAA